ACCCAGUCAGGCCCUAUAGGACACUCACACACACUCACACACACUUGUACACUCUCACACACACCCGUUAGUUUAUUUCUGCGUGCUGUAGUCAGAACCACCGGCUUAUUGUUGGAGUUUGGAGAUUGUGUUGAGGAUGAGGCCAGAUGGGAGAGUAUUUUGAGGAUUAUGGGAAUUCUGUCUGCUGAGGAGUGAUCAUAUAAAGAGGCCUGCAGGAAGAGGAGGAUGAAGGAGCGUGUGAAUGAGGGAUGAGAAGAGAGCAGCAGCAGCGAUGAAGAGAACAGCAGCUUUUACACUCUGCUUUAUUACAGCUACAUUUACCCUGAUUACAGUUGGUGCUGAGGUGGAUGUGUGCGCCUCCUGUCAUGCUAACGCUACCUGUGAGGAUAAGACGGACGGGUCUGGAGGGAAAGUGUGUAACUGUAUGUACGGUUUCGUUGGAAACGGGAGGACUCACUGCCAAGAUAAAGACGAGUGUCAGCUGGGUAAGAUCUGUGGAGAUCACACCCUCUGUCACAACACGUACGGCAGCUACUACUGCACCUGCCUUCAGGGAUACCGACCCUCCAACAACAUGGGCGUCUUCAUCCCCAACGACGGCACCUACUGCCACGAUGUGGAUGAGUGUGUGGUGGAGGGUGUGUGUGGAGAGGGUGGUGAGUGUGUGAACAGUGUAGGGGAUUUCUCCUGCUCCUGCCAAACCGGAUACAGAGUUCAGAACGGAUCAGAUCCGUUCCAGCCGCACAGAGACCACGCCUACUGCCAAAUGGUAGACUGUGGUCCUCCCCCCUCCGUUCCUCAUGCGGUGCGGCGCUCCCCGGUUCUGACCCGGUUCAGCAGUGUGGUGCGGUUCGGAUGUGUGGACGGGUUCGUUUGGAGGGGGGGAGGGAACACCUCCAUCUGCACGGCUGACGGACACUGGAGCGGUCCCAGCAUGCACUGCGAAGAGGUGAACUGUGGUGAGCCCCCCUCGCUCCCCCACUCAGAGCGUGUGUGGGGGGGUGGGUCCGGCCUGGGCUCGCUGGUGCUGUAUGAGUGUGUCGCUGGGUUUCGUAACGCUGGAACUCAGAGCUCCUCGCUGUGUUCUGCUCUCGGAAGCUGGAGUCGCCCUGACUUCCUGUGUAGAGAGAUAGAGUGCAGCUCCCCCCCUCCUCUCCCUCAUUCUGUAGUAUUAUGGGAUGGCAGCAGUAAGGUGGGGUCGAAAGUUGUGUAUGAGUGUGAAGCUGGAUAUCGCACUGUGGGUUCAGGAAAUGUGUCAGAGUGUAACACACACGGACAGUGGACCCAAACACACAUCACAUGUGAAGAGAUCCGGUGUGGGGAGCCCCCUGUAGUGCCCCACAGUGGCCGGAUGUGGGACGGCGGUGUGCGGUUUAACAGUACUGUGGUUUAUGACUGUAAUGAAGGGUAUUAUCCCGCGGUGGGAGGAAAUAUAUCGGUGUGCACUGAGAACGGUUCCUGGAGCAAACCAACUCUAACAUGCAAAGAGGUAGAGUGUGGCAUCCCCCCCUCUUUCCCUCACGCUGUAAUGUUAUGGAAUGGGCUCAGUGAGGUCGGUACUGAAGUGCUUCAUAAGUGUGUUGACGGUUUUUAUAACGUUGGAAAAGAGGAUGUGUCCGUCUGCAGCAGCAGGGGAGAGUGGAGCCGGCCUCACUUCCUGUGUCGAGAGGUAGACUGUGGUGCCCCGGCCCCUCUUCCCAACACGGUUCUGUCCUGGGAAGGCAGCUCAGGUCUGGGUUCUGUGGCUGUGUAUGAGUGUGAGGACGGAUAUCGAGGUGUGAGUGCGGCGAGUGUGUCUGUGUGCGGCUCCAACAGCCGGUGGAGUCCAGUACCCCUGUACUGCAAAGAGAUCCGCUGUGGUCGCCCCCCCCUGCUCCCCCCAGCUCUGCUCAGCUGGGACGGUUCCUCUGUCCCGGGCAGCGUGGCCCUCUACUCCUGCCCUCAGGGGCUCCAGCUGGAGGGACACCAAACACACUCCACCUGCACCAACCAGGGGACAUGGGAGAGGGUGUCCUUCUCAUGUAGAGCGUACUGUGGACCCACUCCACUGAUACCCCACUCAGAGGUGCUGUGGGAGAACAGCACUGUGGUUGUCCAUCGCUGUGUUAAAGGAUUCUACAGACUCACAGGAAGUCACUUCUCAGUGUGUGGGCUCUCAGGGAGGUGGCAGGUAGCAACUCUACGUUGCAGAGAGGUGCGGUUCGGUGUGAGGGGUUUGGCAGUGUUUAAGGAAAGGUGCCUGCAAUGGAGAUCAGAAUCAGAAACAGAAGACUACAAAGAGCAUUACAGCGUGAUGUUAAUCGGACAGAGGGAGUUUGACUGCUCGUUUAGUGACCGGCGGAGGAAGCUGAUCAGUUCUGCAGCUCCUAAACCCGUCCUGUGUUUAAACCUUCAGCCGGCCACCAACUACACCAUCACUGUUACUGCCCAGUCUACUGGAGACAUGUCCACUGUUACUACCAACACCAGCCUACCCGCCCCUCCCACACCUGAGGUCAGGUACGUUGAGGUGGACUCUCUGGCUCCAACACUCUCACUACGCAGAUUCACCAGCACACUCGACCCAAUAUGUGUGUAUCAGGUGAUGGUGAUACCAGUGGAUGAUGUGCUGGUGUUUGACUGUGGCUCGUCUGUGGUGGUCUGGCGGGGAUGUGGGGGUCAGUACGUGGCGGCUGAGCUGGGGCUGAGGGGUCUGGGGAGGGACGUGAACUUCACCCUGGGGGACGGAGUGCUUUACGGACAGUUCUACAACGCUCCACUGGAGCCCGGAAGAGACUACUACAUCAUACUGCGCACCGUCUGCCAGUGGAGACAGGCUAGAAAGCAGUCCUGUGUGUUCUGGGCCAAAGCCAGAGGAACAUCCUACGCCACCACCAUGUCUGCUCUCCUAACCUUCGGCUCCAUCGGGGCGCUGGGCAUGGUGGGCACCCUGGGCUACUGCUGCAGCUGGUUCUGGAAGGUAGCCACCCUUUGAUGGAAAAUGAAAGAUUUUAUUUAUAUAGAAAUGCAAUAUAAAUAACGUUUUUUUGCUUGUAAUAAAAUAAACUGAUUUGUAAAAAGAAAAGAAAAG